CGGGAAUGGUGUUGCCAGUGGGAAGGUGCGCGUGGGGGACCUGUUGGAAAUGACGGGAGCUGAAAUACAAAAUCAAAACAAACAAGCCGGGGUCUGAAGCAAAGAGCGUCCGGUCUUAGGUAAUGCCCAAUGGAGACGCUCAUGAGUGCCGUAGCCCCGCGUGCACUGGCGAAGCGGGUGUCCGAGGUGGAUUUCCGCUCGGGCACGACACUUGAGCAGCUGUCUGCGCAGGUGCAGGAGCUGGUGCAGCUGGAGCAGGGGGAGUUUGGAGACCAGACGGCGCUUGAGGUGCACACAGCCAAAGAUUUUAUCUUCAACAUGCUGGGGCUGGUGCAAAAGGUUGACAAGCGACUGCCUGUGGCAAAUGAGUACCUGUUGCUAUCUGGUGGGGCAAGGGAAGGUGUUCUUGACCUUAACCCGGAAGAUCUAGGCGACUAUGCCAAAGGAGUUGACUUUGAUUUCGAUUUCACUUUACUGGUCCCUGCACUUAAGCUGCAUGAUCGCAAUCAGCCUGUAACAUUGGAUAUGCGGCAUUCUCCAGCAUGCCAUUCGUGGCUAAGUCUGCGCCUGUGUGACUCUGCAAUGUUGUCACGUUGGAGUAUCUGCUGCGAAGAUGAGAAUGAAAGCGAGAAGAAAGAUGAGGACGAGGAAGAAGAAACUGAAGCUGUUCGAGGUUCAAUUCCCUCCCUUCAGUCCUCCCAGUUAUUAGAUGGAUGCUACUUUUCGCCUUUGUUGGUCACUGAUUGGUUUUGGAGUGUAGUUGGGACGGCGGUGGAAGAGCUGCGGCGGAAUCCUCAGAGGGGGAUUCCGGUUCCUGACCGGGUGGAGCGGAAUGGUCCACUGACAACCCUAAUUCUCACGGCAGGGACUAGCCGUAUUCUCUACGAUUUGAUUCCAGUCGUUUCAUUUCGUGGCUGGCCAGCUAUUGCACAAGGUUGGCUCACGACAAACCAUUUCUGGGAUGGUAAAAUUAGUGAAGAGGAGGCCAUUAGUGGGUUUUACUUGCUUCCAUGCUGUUCACCAGCUGCCAAUCCUCCUACCAGACCUGACCGUGAGUGGAGACUUGCCUUCUCCCGCAGUGAGGUUCAGCUGAAGAAAUGUGUGCCCCAUCCAAUGGCACAGGCCUUCCAAGCAGCUAAAGCUGUUUUGUCAAGGCUUUUAGCCCGUCCUCGCACUGGCCUUAGUCUCUACCACCUACGUACCUUAAUGUUUUGGGCAUGUGACCGGUUGCCUACCACUUACCUUAGCUGCCCAGAUCACGAGACACCUUCCCGGCUGUUCCUUGGUCUUCUGGAUGACUUGGCACACUGCAUUUUGGGCAAAAACUGUCCUAAUUAUUUCCUUCCCCAGUGCAACAUGCUGGAGCACCUCACAGAUGGUUCUGCCCUAUUGGUUGCACGAAAACUUGCACACCUACGCUCGGAUCCUGCUGAACACUUAAGAGCAGCAUUAGAGCAGGCACAGCAGGCAAGCCAGCUUAAACGUGAGGCAGCGGGAGCAGCAAGCAAUGGGCAUGGGUUAUCAUCGCCUAAGCAUGGUUAUGGUGCAGGAUCGCCACAAGAUGACCGGUUGGCACAGCGACUACAACAGUUGGUAACAGAGAACCCUGGCAAGUCCAUUUCAGUCUUCCUCAACCCAGAUGACGUUACACGGCCACAUUUCCGCAUUGAUGACAAAUUCUUCUGACCAGACUAAGCUGACACCGCAACGUUUACACACUUCCCAGGGUUUUGGAACUCAGUGCAACCAAACUUACAAUAGGAGGACUGUCUUAAUGAAUUACACCAAAUCUUAAAAAAAAAACUGUUUUACACUCCAAACUGCUAGACUACAAUCAAAGCACUUGCUUGAAUCUCCAUUAAGGAACUGUUAAGAGUUUCAACUAUCCAAAGGUUUUAGACAUGUCAGGGGGAACCGGAACAGUAGGGGAACAGAUGGAUUUUAAACACUAAAAACUCUUUCAAAUGGUGGUUCAAUAGCAUCCUUCCGAAAAUCCCCAGAUGACAGAUUGCACAUAAGGUAGACUUAACCAAUGAUGAUGUGCUGUGGGAUUUCAUGAGGGUUUUUACCGUGUCCUGAUGCUUGAUACUACUGAGAAUUGAGAUUACAUAUCUGCUGUUUCACCAUAAAGCCUAAGGGCAAUGCAACAGAACAACCAACUAGGCCAAGGUACAUUAUGAUGAAACCGGAUGUAAUUUUUUUGUAGAGAAGUUUUAGGUUUGUUUAUUACAAUACUCUCUUGCUUUAGUCUUUUCUAGUCUGUCGGUUUCCCUGCUUUCACCUUGCUCAGGUACUUUUCUUUUUUGUUUUAACUGGUAAGAUUUCAACUAUGCUUUACAGUAUAGAUAAAAGCACAGUGAGAGAGAAAAGACGAGGAAUAUAUCUCAAACACAUGCCUUGUCUUUUGUAAGUAAGAAGCUGCUGUACAGCCUGUAGAAAUUAUUUUUUAUUAUUGUAGGUUUUUUUGUACUUUUGGGUAUCUAGGUUAGAGUGUGCUGACAAUGAUGUAUCAGAUUUCAGAGACUGUUGAUUUUUUUCGAUUCUGGAUAGUGAUUGGUUAGGUUGAUGACACUGAUUGGGUAACAGCUAUUCAGAUUCCAGAUUGCAUGAUCUGAACCCAAACAAAGGUCUCAGUCACGUUUCCAAUCCAUAUGAUAUUGGAUUGGAAACGUAUAGCAAAGUUAUAAAGCAGGAUGCUUAAGUUUAAGUAUUAAAGGAAUGUGUGAUGACACACACAAUACACUGUCAAAAAAGGUAUUUUCUGUUGGUGUGGUGGUACCCUUUAAAGUUCAUUUUUGUACCUUUAUGAGUAUACAUUUUAUAUACAUUAAAUAUUAUACACUAAGCAGCUAUUGUGUACCUUAAAGGGAUGCUCUAUCCAAAUAUCAAAAUUACCCCUUGAUUUACCCCCUCAAGCCAUCCGAGAUGCUUAUGUCUAUCAUUUUUCAGAUGAACACAUUAAGAGUUAUUUUAGUAAAUGUCCUUGCUCUUCCAAGUUUUAUAAUGGUAGAAAACAGGCGUCGUAACCUGAAGCUAGUUAUUAUAGUUUAUAAAGUUUGAAAUAUGGAUAUUUUUCUUAUAUUAUAAAAUCAAUUCCCCACAAUAAAACCUUUAUUAACCCCUUGGAGCCGUGUGGAUUAGUUCUGUGAAGGAUCAAUGCACUUUUUGGGCUUCAAAGUCAGAAGUUGUUUCCUGAGGCUUGUUGUCUCCCAUUAUAAGCUAGGAAAAGCAAGGAAAUUUACUAAAACUGUGUUUGUCUGAAAAAUGAUGGACAUCUCAGAUUACUUAAGGAUAAGUCAAUCAUGGGUUCAUUUUGAUAUUUGGCUAAAGAAUUGCUUUAAGGAACAAUUUGGUAUUAGUUGCCUUUUAGGGGUACAAAACUGUUAACUGUACCUUUUAAAUGGACACAAUAGAUCCUUAAAGGAUUAGUCCAUUUAAAAAAAAUCCAGAUAAUUUACUCACCACCAUGUCAUCAAAAUGUUGAUGUCUUUCUUUGUUCAGUCAAGAAGAAAUUAUGUUUUUUUGAGGAAAACAUUCCAGGAUUUUUCUCAUUUUAAUGGACUUUAAUGGACCCCAACACUUAACAUUUUUAAUGCAGUUUAUAAUUGCAGUUUUAAAGGACUCUAAACUUUUCCAAAAUAAGGGUCUUAUCUAGCAAAAUAAUUGUCAUUUUUGGUAAGAAACAUAAAAAAUAUGCACUAUUAAACCACAACUUCUCGUCUAUCUCAGGUCCUGUGACACGCCAGCGCGACCUCACGUAAUACAUCAUCAUGUCAAGAGGUCACGGAUGACGUAUGUUUACAAGUAUGGAGAAAGAGGACCGUUCCGACAUUGUUGUAUGUCGAAUGAUACUAAUUAAUAUCUUUGUGUCAGUUUAUUGUGUAAAAUGGUCCGCAAAUGUGCGUUUCAUAUAUGUAACACGUGACCUUUCAACGUCAUUACGCAAUUACGUGAGGUCGCGCUGGCGCGUCACAGGACCGGAGAAAGACGAGGCAUUGUGGUUGAAAAGUGCAUAUUUUUUAUUUUUCUUGCCAAAAAUUACAAUAGUUUCCCUUAUGUCACGUUUG